CCGAUAUGCAAUUUGGGUUUUCGUUUCCUUCCUCCGAUCGAUCGUCAAAACCCCCAAAUCAAUUGCUACACCAAUUUCAGAUAGUUAGUUAAUCAAUUAGCGCGAAUUCAGAAACACUAAAUCCCCAAUUUCUCUCCACUUCCUAACCCCAUGGCCUCGAGGAAGAAGCAAUCCGACGCCAUAGCUCUCCUGCUGUCCAACUACAACGACGAGGAAGAGGAUGAAGAUAUGGAGGACGUUGAGCAACAAAACGACAUAGAAGAAGAACUCGAAGGGGAUGAAGAGCGACGAGAACGGAGAGAAUACGACGAUUACGGUGAGCUGAGAAAAGGCUCGGGAGAUGCUGCAAUGGUGGAUGUGGAUGGAACGGUGGCUGGUGAGUCUGGGAACGACGAUGGCGCACCGCCGAAUGCCGGGGAUAAUGUGGCGCCUUCGGAUGGUUUGAAUGGGAGAAGAAGAAGAGGGACGUUUACGAUUGUGGACUAUGGGCGUGAUGAAGUUGCUAUGUCUCCUGAGACUGAGGAGGGUGAAAUAGAAGGAAGUCGUCGUGUUCCUGGUGAUUUCCAUGAUAAGACACCUCCAGGAACAGUUCGCACUCCUCAGUUAUCUGAACCGUCAAACUCUGACACAGUGAACGAAACUGUACUUGAAUCAGAGGGUAGAGAUGCCGCAGAAGCUGUUGCAGAAGAGCAAAAGGAUAUUGAUCCAUUAGAUAAGUUUCUCCCGCCACCUUUAAAAGCGAAGUGUUCGGAGGAGCUGCAAAGGAAGAUAAAUAAGUUUCUUGAAUACAAGAGAGCCGGGAAAAGCUUCAAUGCAGAAGUGCGUAAUAAGAAGGACUAUCGGAAUCCAAACUUUCUAGUGCAUGCGGUGAGGUAUCAAGAUAUUGAUCAGAUAGGGUCUUGCUUCAGUAAAGAUGUAUUUGACCCUCAUGGAUAUGACAAAAGUGACUACUGUGAUGAAAUAGAGGCUGAUAUGAGGCGCGAAAUGGAAAGGAAAGAGCAAGACAGGAAGAAGAGUCAAAAGGUUGAAUAUGUUUCAGGAGGAACACAGCCUGGAAUAGUUGGUGCCGCACCUAAAAUUAACGUACCUUUUACAGGUGUUUCAACCAUGGCUGCUACUGGGUUGAACUCCUUACCUCCUGCAGCUGAUGCCAUCCCUCGGGAGGGUAGACAGAAUAAGAAGUCAAAAUGGGAUAAGGUAGAUGGUGAUCGAAAAAAUCCUCUUCCCUCAGGAUUGCAGGAUUCUAUGUCUACCGUGGGGACUCAUGCAUCACUCCUAUCUUCUGCUAGUGCUGGUGCUGGAUACAUGGCUUUUGCGCAGCAGAGACGGAGAGAGGUGGAGGAGAAACGAUCUAGUGAAAGGAAGUUAGACAGAAGAUCUUGAGUCCUUUCUUAUCUUCCUAGCAGAGACCAAAUCGCGGAGCGAGUUGCAGGCAUCAUAUUCCCAGAUUUCAAAUUUUCAAGUGGAUAAAAUGCCCCCGGCCAAUACCAUUUUUUCACCUUUAGAUGAACUGCAGCGGGCUUGUAAUUUAUCGCUAUCAAAUUAUACACAUGUACAUGUUUCAGAAUGAAAUUUCACUUGAUAGCUGUUACAAUUCGACGGAAUUGAAGCUCUAGUUUUCCUUCAAUGGAAUUGGAACCCAACAAGUACUUUAGUUUGGGCCAAGCCUCCCACAUUCAUGUUAGUUAAAUUUUAGUAUUUGAAUUUCUUCGAUGUGGUC